AUGGUGUAUCUGUGCAGCCCGGUGGAGACCAUGCGCUCCUACGUGACCAGCAGGCCUCCCCUGGUCCUCUUCAUGGUCAGUGUCAGUGCUCUGGCCAUCGCCUUCCUCACCAUCGGAUACUUCUUCAAGAUCAAACAGAUCAAGUCUCCAGAGCUCACCGAGGACUGGAACACGUUUCUCCUGCGGUUCAACGAGGUGGACCUGUGUGUGUCGGAGAACGAGACGCUGAAACACGGUGGCAACGAGUCGACCACGGCUGAUAGCCCGGUGGUGACCAGCUCUCUAGCCCCUCAGGCCCCUCAGGCCCCUCUGCUGCUGGACGACCAGGGGCCCAUCAACAUCUCUGUGGCCAUCACCCUCACCCUGGACCCUCAGAGGCCCUUUGGAGGAUACUCACGCAACAUCACCCACCUGUAUGCCACUGUGCUGGGCCACCAGGUGGGCCUCUCUGGCCGUGACGCCCAUGAGGAGGUAAACGUGACGUUCUCGCUGCCCGUUUCCUGGAGUUCUGACGACUGUGUCCUGCACGGUCACUGUGAGCAGGUGGUGUUCAGCAGCUGCAUGACCCUCACCGCUAACACCAACAUCUUCCCCGUCACUGUACAGCCCCCCCACUGCGUCCCGGAGACCUACACCAACGCCACGUCCUGGUACAAGGUGUUUGCCACGGUGCGGGACUCGGACACUAAGUACAGCCAGGACUACAACCCCUUCUGGUGCUACAAGGGCGCCAUCGGCAAGGUCUACCACGCCCUCAACCCCAAGCUCACGGUCAUCGUGCCGGACGAUGACCGCUCCCUCAUCAACCUGCACCUGAUGCACACGAGCUACUUCCUGUUUGUGAUGGUCAUCACCAUGUUCUGCUACGCCGUCAUCAAGGGCCGGCCUGGGAAGCUGCGCCCGAGCCCCGCCAACGACUUUAGCGGAGAGAAGGUAGAGGCAGCAGGCCCCGACACCAACCGGUGGCGCUGUCAGAGGGUUAAGAAGAGCCGGGACUACAUCAGGACGUACCUGUGA